AUGGAUUCUUCAAGUUCAAGCGAUUCGUAUGAUAGAUUUGUUUUGUCAUCCUCAUCCGACGACGGAGCGGAAAUAUUAUUAUCAACAGUGGCGACGGUCGUGAAAGCUAUUGUUGAAGAUUCAGAUGAGGGGACUUCCCAACCCCAACCCAAACCCAAACGGAGGAAGUACAUAGUUCGUGAACGCGAAACCACAAACGAUUUGCUGGUAAGAGAUUAUUUCUCACCCGAACCAACGUAUGAUGAAAACAUGUUUAAGCGUCGUUUUCGUAUGAGUAAAAAUUUAUUUUUAAGAAUAUCAAAGGAUUUAGAGGAUAAUUAUCCUUAUUUCCAACAAAGACCCGAUGCGCAUGGUAAGAUUGGAUUUACCACGUGGCAAAAGGUCACAGCCGCCCUAAGACAAUUGGCUUACGACAAUAGUUCUGACAUAAUGGACGACUAUGUAAAAAUGUCGGCACGAGUGGCUAGGGAAAGUCUUCACAAUUUUUGUGCGUAUAUCAUUGAACUAUAUAUGAAAAGAUACUUGAGAAAACCGACGUUUAGUGAUAUGCAACAACUUUUGGAACAUCACGCUGAAUAUCAUGGUCUCCCCGGGAUGAUAGGCUCUCUCACAAGCGGAUAUCAUGGAAUGCCGACUAUGAUGCUUGAAGCUGUUGCAUCACAAGAUCUUUGGAUCUGGCAUUCAUUCUUUGGUAUGCCAAGUUUACAUAACUAUAUAAACAUUAUACAUCACUCGCCCCUUUUCAAUGAUCUAGUAAAUGGUGUUGGACCAAAAGGAACAUUUAUUGUAAAUGGUGAAUACAAGUAUGGGUACUAUCUUGUUGAUAGAAUUUACCCUGAGUGGGCUGUUUUUGUGAAAUCAUUUUCAAGAGAGGGAACCCUAGAUCCUAAAAGAAUAAAGUUUAACAAAGUUCAGAUGGCGGCACACAAAAACGUUGAGCGAGCAUUUGGUGUUUUGCAGAAAAAGUGGCGCAUUUUGAGCAUGCCUUGUAGAUUGUAUGAAAAAGAUCAAAUAAGAAACGUGAUGUACGCGUGCAUCAUUCUACACAACAUGAUUUUAGAGGAUGAAGGGCGUGCAAUAGUUGAAUAUUAUGGCGAGGAGACCGCAUCAAAUAACGAAGACAUUAGUAACGAAUAG